AUUUUCAUCUGCCGAAUCGGUUGCGCUGCGGCUGCGCUGAGAACAAAAUACAAAACUCGUGCGCGGCGCUUCAAGAAACCAACUCAAAAGCAGACAAAUCAAAUAACUAACUUGUAGAAAAUAAAAAAAUAAUACAACUUAAACAGAAUUUCUCAAUUCUAAGUCUACGAAGAAAUAUCAAACGCAAUUUGCAUAUUUUUUUCACGUUUUUUUUUUCAACCACAAACCAUUGGGAAUUUUUGGAAUACCUAAGCUUUAAAGCCAAAGAAGUGUGAAAAAUAUUAAGUGAACCAAAAAAAAGUGCUAUCUGAAUUAAGUUAUUUGACAAAAAUUAAAGAAAACAUACACACUAAACAUAAAACACACAACACCAAAAAGCCACCAAAAAUCGUUUUUCAAAAGGAACCAAGCCUAAAACAGUGCGAAAUCCGGAGUUGGAAUGCCGUCGCAACUGUUGAACACAAUUUCACAACUAAAUAUCCACUAAGCGCAGUCAACUAGCCGUUGGAAAAAUGCUCGCCGCACAGCAACAGCACAACAACAGCACAGUGGAAUCGGAAAUGGAGCGCCAGCGACGUGACUCCACCACAUCGGAGUCCUCGCUGGAGCAUCUGGAUCUGGGCCGUACGCCCAAAAAACUGGGCGGCAACAGUGGCUCUACACAGACCACAUCCACGCCACAUGAGCUGACUACGGUGACGUCGUCGCGCAAGCGUAAGCUUCGCCAUUUGCAAUUGAAUCACCAUCAGCAGCAGCAGCAUCAUCAGCAGUCGGAUCUGCUGAGUGAUGAGGACGAGGCGGAGGAGGAUGAGGACGAGGAGGAUGACGACCAGGUGUCCGCCUUGGGUUCAAGGAAUGUGGGACGGCACAAGCAGCGUCGCAGUGGUGGCGCCACCACACAGGCAUCCAUUGUGGUGGACUACAGCAGUGGCGAUGCCAGUUCGCUGCGCAAGAAAUUUCGUCUGAAUCGUUCGGCGGCCAGUCUCUCGGAAUCGGGAUUCGUGGACGCCAGCAGCACCACUGGCCACAGUGGCUAUCUGGGUAACAGUAGCAGCGCAACGAACACUACUGCCACCAGUGGCAUUGGUGCUGGCGCAGUGGCUCCCUCUCCAGUCGGCGGAGCAGCGACCAACGCAGCCUCCAGCAGCAGCGGCAGCAGCAGUGGCGGAUCCGGUGGCUCCUCGCCCCAGGGACUGUGCCUCUCCAGCGGCGAAUCGGGCAUCGGAGCCGGCGACGAGCAUAUGAAAUACCUUUGCCCCAUCUGUGAGGUUGUCUCGGCCACGCCGCACGAGUUCACCAACCACAUCCGGUGCCACAAUUACGCCAAUGGCGAUACGGAGAACUUCACCUGCCGCAUUUGCUCCAAGGUGCUAUCCUCGGCUUCAUCCCUGGACAGACACGUGCUGGUUCACACGGGCGAGCGUCCCUUCAACUGCCGCUACUGCCACCUGACGUUCACCACCAAUGGCAACAUGCACCGCCACAUGCGCACCCACAAGCAGCAUCAAGUUGCGCAGUCGCAGUCACAGCAGCAGCAGUCGCAGCAGCAGCAGUCACAGCAGCAGCGCCGUCAGCAGCAGCAACAUCAGCCGUCGCAGCAGCAGCAGAAUCCCGCCCAGCAGCAAUUGGUGACCAACACGUUAUCCGGCCGAGCGGAGAGCUACGAAAGCGAUGUCAGCUGCUCCACGGACGUGUCCAGUGGACAUAGUCACAGUCGCAGCAGCAGUUCCCUCAACAACAAUAACAACAACUCGCACAAGGCUAACAACAACCUGAAGGACUUGGAGGAGCUGGAAGUUUCGGCUGAGGAUCAGGAUACGGAGAACAAGCAGCGUCGACUGAAGACCACCAUCAACAACAACAUCAUUGAGCGUGAGCAGCAGGAGGAUAUGGAUGAUGAGGAGGCCGACGAUGCGGAUGUGGCCAUGCUGACCAGCACUCCCGAUGUCGCUACUCUUUUGGCCGGAGCCAGUGCAUCCGGCGCCGCUUCGCGUUCCCCCACCCCAUCGCCAUCCGCCUCGCCCGCUUUGCUCCUGAGCUGUCCCGCCUGCGGAGCCUCCGAUUUCGAAACCCUGCCCGCUCUCUGCGUCCAUUUGGAUGCAAUGCACUCAGACAUACCCGCCAAGUGUCGGGACUGCGAGGUGAUCUUUGCCACCCAUCGUCAGUUGCAGGCGCACUGUUGUCGCUUACCCAACGCUCUGGGCGGUGGCUUACCUCCGCUCCUCGGAGCCAGCAGUUCGCCAUUGCACAACGAGGAGCCGGAGGAUGAGGAGCACGGCGACGAUGAGGAUCUCGAGCAGAAGGAGAGGUUAGCGAGUCAAAGCGAGGACUUUUUCCAUCAGUUGUAUCUGAAGCAGAAAACAGCAAAUGGAUGCGGGGCCAUCUCACAUCCGCCAUCGCCGAUCAAACACGAGCCGGCGGACACCAAGGAUCUGGCCGAUAUCCAGAGCAUCCUGAACAUGACCAGCUCUAGUUCCAGUUUCCUGCGCAACUUUGAGCAGUCGGUGAACACGCCCAACUCGAGUCAGUACAGCCUGGACGGUAGGGAUCAGGAGGAGGAGGCACAGGACGCGUUCACCUCGGAGUUCCGUCGCAUGAAGCUGCGCGGCGAGUUCCCCUGCAAGCUGUGCACGGCCGUUUUCCCGAACCUUCGUGCCCUCAAGGGUCACAAUCGGGUGCAUUUGGGCGCAGUGGGUCCAGCCGGACCCUUUCGCUGCAACAUGUGUCCCUACGCCGUUUGCGACAAGGCCGCCUUGGUGCGCCACAUGCGCACCCACAACGGAGAUCGUCCGUACGAGUGCGCCGUGUGCAACUAUGCCUUCACCACCAAGGCGAACUGUGAGCGCCAUCUGAGGAACCGCCAUGGGAAGACCAGUCGCGAGGAGGUGAAGCGAGCCAUUGUCUAUCAUCCGGCGGAGGAUGCUGGCUGUGAGGACGGCAAAUCGCGUCUGGGUGAAGAUCUGGCGGAUAUGAGUUUCCGUUCGAUCAGUCCCACGCCACCGCCUCCUCCGGUAAAUGAGAGCAGCUCCCAGUUGAAGCACAUGCUUCUCGGCGAGAGUCACCUGGCUCCUGUUACCCAACAGCCGCCUUUGAAGAUCCAGGUGAAGAGCCUCGACCAACUAGUGGACAAGAAGCCAUCUGCACCAGCUCCCCAGCAGCAACAGCAGCAGCAGGAGAAGAGUGGAGCUCCCCUAGACUUCAGCAUGGAUGUUUUGGAUCUCAGCAAGAAGCCAACUGGCGGAGCAUCGCUGACACCGACGGUCACUCGCACACCGACGCCCGCUGCAGUAGCUCCAGUGGCGCCUGGCGGCGUUGGAACUCCUGACCUGGCCGCCGCCAUUGAGCAGCAACAGCUGCUGCUGGCCCAGCAGCAACUCUUUGGAGCUGGCGGCGAAUACAUGCAGCAGAUAUUCCGCAGUCUCAUGUUUCAGUCCCAGACGACGGGAUUCUCGUUCUUUCCCUUCAUGGCACCACCACCGCCACAAGCAAAUCCGGAGAAGCCACCGCUGGUUAGUCCACCAAACCGCCUCAAUCCCAUGCCCGUGGGCGUUGGAGUCGGCGUGCCAGUGCCACCUGGUGGUCCCGUUAAGAUGGUCAUCAAGAAUGGAGUCCUAAUGCCCAAGCAGAAACAACGACGCUAUCGCACCGAGCGACCCUUUGCCUGUGAGCACUGCUCGGCGAGAUUCACGCUGCGUUCGAACAUGGAGCGCCAUGUGAAGCAGCAGCAUCCGCAGUUCUACGCCCAACGGCAGAGGAGUGGCCACCAUGUGAUGCGGGGCAGGGGUGCCUCCAAUGUGGCCGCUGCUGCCGCCGCUGCUGCCGCCGCCGCUGCAACAGUCAUGGGUCAGGUGCCGGUUGGCGGACCAGGAUCCUCCGGAUCGGGCUCCAAUCACCAUCAUGGCCACGGCCAUGGUUCCCAUGGUUAUGCUCCCAUUUCGGAGCAGGUCAAGUGCGCCAUUCUGGCGCAGCACUUGAAGGCUCACAAGAACACCGAUCUGUUGCAGCAGGCUUUGGCCCACGGCUCCAGCAGUGUGGCCGGCAAUCCUCUCCUGCACUUUGGCUACCCACUGACCAACCCCAGCCCCCUGAACAAUGGUGCCAGCCAGGGCAAUGGCCAGGCCACCGCCAUGGAUGACGAUGAGCCCAAGUUGAUUAUUGACGAGGAUGAAAACGAGCAUGAUCAUGAGGUGGAAGCAGAGGACGUGGAUGACUUCGAAGAGGAUGAAGACGAGGAGGAGAUGGAUGAGCCGGAAGAUGAGCCGGAACUGAUUCUAGAUGAUCAGCCGGCCGAAAAGGAAGCCGAAGAGGAGCAGGAGCUGCCCAAGCCGCUAGAGCAAUUGGGUAUCAAAGAAGCCGCGCAAAAAAUGGCCGAAACCAUUUUGGAGCAGGCCAUCAAGGCGGGCAAGCCGUCGAGUCCACCACCCACCAAGGAGAAUGCCCCGCCCGCCAAUCCAACCGUGGCCACAACCAUGCAGGAGCCAGCCACUGCUGCGCCCAGUACUAAUCCCAGCAGCUUAAAAACGAUGAUCGCUCAAGCCGAAUCUGUGGGAAAAUCCCUCAAAGAAGUGGCCAGUUCGCCGUUCAAGGAUGAGUCCCAGGACCUGGUUCCAGUGGCCAAGCUGGUGGACAAUGCCACCAGCCAGAACAUGGGCUUCAACAGCUAUUUCCGGCCCAGCGAUGUGGCCAAUCACAUGGAGCAGAGCGACGAAGAGGGCCUGGUGGCCUCCGGGAGCGCCAGUGAGAGCAACAACAGCGGCACCGAGGACGUCACCAGCAGCAGUUCCAGCAGUGAGCCCAAGAAGAAGUCCGCCUACAGCCUGGCGCCCAACCGUGUCUCCUGUCCGUACUGCCAGCGCAUGUUCCCAUGGAGCAGCUCGCUGCGGAGGCACAUCCUCACCCACACUGGCCAGAAGCCCUUCAAGUGCUCCCACUGCCCGCUGUUGUUCACCACCAAGAGCAACUGCGAUCGCCAUCUCUUGCGCAAGCACGGCAAUGUGGAGUCGGCCAUGUCCGUGUAUGUGCCCACUGAGGAUGUGAGUGAACCGAUACCAGUGCCCAAGUCCGUCGAGGAGAUCGAGCUGGAGGAGCAGCGACGGCGGCAGGAGGCGGAGCGCGAGAAGGAACUGGAGCUGGAGCGCGAACGGGAGUUGGAGCGGGAGCGGGAGCUGGAAAGGGAGCGUCAGCUGGAGAAGGAGAAGGAACGCGAGCGCCAGCAGCUCAUCCAAAAGCUGGCAGCUCAAAUGAAUGCUGCUGCCGUCGUUGCUGCAGCCUCAGCGGUAAAUGGUAGCGCAUCUGGAGGACCCCAUGGACCCAUUGCAGAUGCCUUGGCUGGCGGAGAUCUGCCCUACAAGUGCCACCUGUGCGAGGGUUCCUUUGCCGAGCGUCUGCAGUGCCUGGAGCAUAUCAAGCAAGCCCAUGCCCACGAGUAUGCCCUGCUCCUGGCCAAGGGAGCCAUUGAAACCGAUUCGCUGGAGGCCAAUCCUCACCAGCAGCCGUCGCAGCAGGCCGUGCACUCCGAUGACGAGGCUCCGAAUGGUGGCGGUAACCGGGGCAAGUAUCCCGACUACAGCAACCGCAAGGUGAUCUGCGCCUUCUGUGUGCGUCGCUUCUGGUCUACCGAGGAUCUGCGUCGCCACAUGCGCACCCAUUCGGGCGAGCGGCCAUUCCAGUGUGAUAUCUGCCUCAGGAAGUUCACACUGAAGCACAGCAUGCUGCGGCACAUGAAGAAGCACAGUGGUAGGGCCCACAAUGGGGAUACACCGGGAUCCGACUGCUCCGACGACGAGCAGGUGAGCAGCCCGCCCAGCACUCCGCUUCCCACCCAGCCGACCAGCGCCAACAACAACAAUAGCUGUCACAAUAACAAUAAUAAUACCAACAACAAUAACAACAACAACGGCAGCUCCAAGCUGGGACUAAAGCUCCACGACCUGCUGGACAAGGCGAGCGAAUGGCGGGCCAGUCGCCUGGGCGAGCACAAGGAGAACAUGGGCGAGGCCACGCCCUCGGGAGCAGCGGUCGCUGGUUCGGAUCUGAUUGGCAAUCUAUUGGGCAUCAGUGACCAGGGCAUUCUCAACAAGUUGCUCUCCUCCGCCGACGAGGCGGCCAAACUUCUGGGUGUGGACAACAAGUGAACGCAACUCGAGUGGCAAUCGAGCGACACCAAGAGCCAUAAAUACUGGAGUAGCAGCGCAGUUUUUCACCGCCUUACGUAUACCAAAGCUUAAAUAGUUUUCAUUAAUGGUAGUCUACAUACAAAACAAAACAGAAGAAGAAAAAACGGGAAUGAAAAUGAAAACCUGAUUAGAAUGUAAAACAGGAGUGCGCUAAACAGCUCGAUUAUAUUUUAGGAGGAGUCACAGGCUCAAGCUAUAGAGCAAAAAAAAAAAAAGUAAAAAAAAACAAGAGAAGAGAAGAGCUACAACUGGACACACCUGUUUUGCAGAGUUUUUUGAACAUACUUUUUGGAGACCUCUUUUUUUUUGCCAACCCCUAUGUUAAGCGGUCCAACCAACAAACCACAAGCUAAUCAAAAUCUUUGGAGACAAACACUAUUUUUUUUUACAAUUUUUUUUCCUAGCUCUAUAACUAAUUAUACCUAUUUUACAAUUAGCCGCUAAGUAGCUGCAAUGACAAAAACAAAACGAAACAAACAAAAAAAAACACUGAAAAAUAACAAACUUUGAGCAUGACAAAAAAAAGACUUGACAAAAAAAAAAAAAAAACACUUACAAUAAUAAAAUAAUAUAUAUUGUACAUUAAAAGAGGCCUUGAGAACCGCAGCGUGGCUUAAACCUAGUUAUAUAAUGCAGGAUGCAGAUGACAUUUUUGUUGCCUGCAAGUGAGGAUAGUCAGGUAUUUGUAGGACUUAGGCUUAGACACAUUUUUUUUAGGAUCUUAUUUAACGAAACUCAUUCAUUGCUGUAGCCUAUGGAAAAUACACACACACACACAUUGAAUAACAAACUAAACAUAUAGCUAUUUAAAUAUACGAAAAGCAUGAUGAUAUAAUUAAAUUAGUGGACUUAUUACAGCAAUAACCAAAGCAUUUCGCGUUUGUAGCGUUGUUUAAGCUAAACGAAAUUACAUUUACCCAAUGCAUGCCUGUCUAUAUAUACGACAUAUUUAUAAAAAGCACACAACUAUAUUAUAUAAAAUAUAUGGUUCUAUUUAAUGUGGAUGCAGCAGCAGCAGCCACAAACUACUGAACAAAUUAAACUAUGUACUUAGCGAUUAUGAAUGAAUGUACUUAAAACUGUAAAAGUGUACUUAAAAUUGUAAACUCAGAAAGACACACGCAACGAGAAUGGAUUACAAAUUGAAUUCUAAUAAAAUAACGAUGAAAGAACAAAAUAA